AUGGAUUUUUGGUCUCGUUUAAUCGGCGGAUCCCGUUCGCUGUCUACCAAGACGUACCGGGCGAGCUCUCCUACCGAACGAUUGGCGGCCUUCAAGCGGACAUGUAAUACUCUGCAACAAAUCUGGCGCUCCACCAACUCGCCGACCGGAGAUCAGUCUGCGACAACCCAUGCGCGCAACUGCAUUGACCGACUAAAUUCCGUCCUCAGCGAUGAAUCUCGAGGCCCGGCUCCUCAUCCGUGUUUAGCAUACGCUGCAUCUUCUCAGAUUUUCGUGACCGUCACUAAACUCGCGCUGUCUUCUUACGACGAUGGAAUGCUCCGUUCCGCCGCUGUCUUCUUCAAUACCCUGAUCGAUUCGGAGGUGGAUGGUGUAGUCGAUAACCGGUUAUUUGCGCGGGCGCUGGUGGAUCUCGUCCGACGUGCGGACAAACACUCAGAAGAUGUGGAAGGAAGACUUGUCGAGCUGUUGUUUGGCGUCGCCAAUAAUAUCCGUCUACAGCCUGAUAUUCUCCCCGCGUGGUUUGCUCCGAGAUCCGAAGACCAGGACCGCGAGCAACAGACCAAUACUGGAGCUGAGUUUGCGGGCGCGACUCGGAAGGAUGACUUCCCACUGUUCUACUUAUUAGUGGAAUAUGUUCACCAUGGAGGCCGUGCGGGUGAUUUUGCUCGAACCGGCCUUCUUUAUCUGAUCGAGACGGCAUCUCGCUCAAAGAAUCUAGAGAGAUGGCUAAUUGAGAGCGACCUUGCCACACUAAUGGCAACGGGACUGGGCGCACUGUAUAGUCAGUUAGGCAGCCUGUCCUUCGAUGAAACCUCCGACGAGAAUAUGCCACACAUUGUUGCGCUAUCGGAUCAUGCGAAACAGGAGACUGCUCUUCCCCCUGCACUGGGGGCAACUGUAGACUCCUUCAUGUCGUACCUACUAUUUUGGCAGGACACUAUUGACCAUUGCAAAUCGGCGGAAGUCAACGGCACACUACUGGACCACUUUCAGGUCUUGUUUCUCGAACAACUUCUAUACCCAUCACUGCUCGAGUCCUCGGAUGUUGAAGGUGGUUCUACCGCUGCCGUGCUUACCUACUUGUAUCGCAUUCUCGAGUCGAUCAACCAGGAUGAUCUGGUUCAUCGGAUUCUUCACUUCUUACUAGCCUCGCCUUCCGACAUGGAAACUUCACCCACUUUGAAAGUGAACAUGUCAGUAAGCCGGCGCAAGUCCCUGGAUGUUCUAGCAGCUUUCUCGGAGGAAGCUGCGAAACCGUCACCUUCACUAUUUAACCUGAGAGACCUUGCUCUCCUAGGGAUGCAAUCUGCUAAUCGGCAGACUGUUCUGGCAACGCUACGGCUGAUGGCGGUCAUCCUCCAACGGCAUCAUACUUUUGCUCGAUCAUUGAUUCGAACGGUUCCUGGUCAAUAUGCUGGGCAACGAACCGUGGGGCAAUUGAAUGCAGAACUGGAGCAGCUCACGGGAAUGGCCAUGUCAAUUGUGGAUGACCCCACGCUGAAUGACUCCUUUGAUGACUACCUCAAGGAUGCUUCAUUUAUUUUAGAAUCACAUUUGUAUAUCCCACCGGCUGAAACUGGCCUGGAAGAUGACCGUCCUCUAGAGAUUCGCCAGGAGGACCCUAUUAUUCAGGAAUUAUUGAACUGUAUGGAGACAUUCUUUACUAAUAGCGUCAUCGUCAACCUAGCAUUAACAGAGGUUCUCAUGAGUAUCGCAUCUUCACACCUUAUAUCCCUUGACAGCUGGCUCCUUGUGGACCCAUCUAAAUACAUAUACGAUGGCCCGACUACAGCUCAGGAUGGACCUAUGGAAAUCCUAGAUCAAAUAAAGCUAGCCUAUCAAGAACCCUCAUUGUCGAGCUCCAAGACACCAACGCUCACAUCCGCACUGCAAAAGCUUGUGCGGCAAAUCCAGCAAUGGCGGAAGGAUGUGCCAGAUUUUGACAUUCUAGUUGCGGCUCGGCGGGACCUACUCCAUCAGGACGAUCCUACGAAAGACACUGGCCGCCUUCAGCAACCAUUCGAAGCAUUAACGCGUCCCCCUUCUGAACGACGACCACUGAAGAUGCCCAUGGACUCCGACAUUGGGUCACCCCGAGGGAGGUCCUCCCUUGUGCAGGACCCUCCGGGCACACCAUCUUCCCGACAGGCCGCCUCUUCCUCGCCUCGGACGACCGCAGCGGAGGAGCUUCGAAAGCGACUGGCGAAGCCAUUCCAAGUGGACCAUCCACACAAAGCAACAGUGACUGGUGAAGAACCCGAUCAGAUGGCAGAUGCCGUGGCAGAAGAAGAGGCUGAGAGUGCGAUUGCUGAUGAGAAGCCGCGGUCAGCGACACUGGGGCAUGUCUUAACCAACGUGGUCAUACUCUACGAAUUCCUCCUGGAGGUUUCUGCCACGGUGCAAGCGCGGAGCACUCUAUUUGGAGAAGCGGGAUACCCCGGGGUAGGCUGGAGUAGCCCGCUGGACGAAUAG